GAAGUGCAUUCUGUCUUCCUGCUUCCUCUCCGCAGCUCAGCGGGUGUUUGUCAACAGUCUUGCGGGCGAACAAGAGGCGCAGGCCGGCGAGCAGCUUCACCGAGCCGCGGCAGCCUCCUCCUCUCCCCGGGGCCCGGCCUCUCUCUGCGCGGCGUGUCUGCACCUCCGCUCCGUGUCUCUCCGCCUCUCUCUGUCUGUCUCUCUCUCCUGGUCUCUGUCUGCCUGUCUGUCUGUCUGUCUGCCUGUCUGUCUGUCUGUCUGUCUACCUGUCUGUCUGUCUGUCUGCCUGUCUGUCGUCAUGAACGUGACUCUGGCGGUGAAGCAGUACGUGUCCAAGAUGAUCGAGAGCAGCGGGCCCGGCAUGAAGGUGCUGCUGAUGGACAAGGAGACGACCAGCAUAGUGAGCGUGGUGUACACGCAGUCGGAGAUCCUGCAGAAGGAGGUUUACCUGUUUGAGCGGAUCGACUCUCAGAACAGAGAGAACAUGAAGCACCUGAAGGCCAUCUGCUUCCUGCGGCCCACCAAGGAGAACGUGGAGCACCUGAUCCAGGAGCUGCGGAGGCCCAAGUACAGCGUCUACUUCAUAUACUUCAGCAACGUCAUCAGUAAGAGUGAGAUCAAGGCUCUGGCUGAGGCCGACGAACAGGAGGUGGUGGCUGAAGUCCAGGAGUUUUAUGGAGACUUCAUCGCUGUGAAUCCUCAUCUGUUCUCCCUCAACCUGCAGGGCGUCUCCAGGGGCCGGAGCUGGGAGCCCUCCAUGUUGUCCCGCUGCACUCAGGGUCUGACCUCCGUCCUGCUCGCUCUGAAGAAAUGUCCCAUGAUCCGCUACCAGCUGUCCUCUGACAUGGCCAAGAGGCUGGCCGAGAGCGUCAAGCAAAUCAUCACCAAGGAGUACGAGCUCUUUGACUUCAGGAAGACAGAAGUUCCUCCUCUGCUGCUGAUCCUGGACCGCAGCGAUGACGCCAUCACGCCGCUGCUCAACCAGUGGACGUACCAGGCGAUGGUCCAUGAGCUGCUGGGUCUGAACAACAACCGCAUCGACCUGUCCAGAGUGCCGGGCAUCAGCAAGGACCUGCGCGAGGUCGUGCUGUCGGCCGAGAACGACGAGUUCUACGCCAACAACCUAUACCUGAACUUCGGGGAGAUCGGGACCAACAUUAAGAACCUGAUGGAGGAUUUCCAGAAGAAGAAGCCUAAAGGGCAGCAGAAGCUGGAGUCCAUCGCUGACAUGAAGGCCUUCGUGGAUAACUACCCGCAGUUCAAGAAGAUGUCGGGCACCGUGUCCAAGCACGUGACGGUGGUGGGCGAGCUGUCCCGCCUCGUCUCCGAGCGGCAGCUCAUGGAGGUUUCAGAGGUGGAGCAGGAGCUCGCCUGCCAGAACGACCAGUCCAGCGCCCAGCAGAGCGUGCGGCGGCUGCUGCAGAACCCGCGGGUGUCGGAGCUGGACGCCGUGCGCCUCGUCAUGCUGUACGCGCUGCGCUACGAACGCCACAGCAGCAGCGUCCUGCCCGCCCUGAUGGACGAGCUGGGCCGCAGGGGCGUGUCCGAGCGCCACCGCCGCAUGGUCCACUCCCUGGUGGAGUACGGAGGGAAGCGAGUCAGAGGAAGUGACCUCAUCACGCCGACCGAUGCCGUCGCCAUCACCAAGCAGUUCUUCAAGGGUCUCAAGGGCGUGGAGAACGUGUACACGCAGCACCAGCCGCUGCUCCAUGACACUCUGGACCAGCUGAUCAAAGGUCGUCUGAAGGACAGUCAGUUCCCCUACCUGGGAGCCAGCAGCCUGAGAGACAGGCCUCAGGACAUCAUAGUGUUUGUGAUUGGAGGAGCCACGUAUGAAGAAGCUCUGAGCGUCUACAACCUGAACCGCAGCAUGCCGGGGGUCCGCAUCGUGCUGGGGGGGAGCAGCAUCCACAACACCAGGAGUUUCCUGGAGGAGGUGAUGCUGGCGACGGGUCACAAUGGUGACAGAACGCAGGGAGGCGGUCGCCACGGCAACAGACGCUGAAGACACACGCACACGCUCACGCACACACACACACACACACACACACACACUCCUGAAACUGCGACAUUCCCUAUGUCUGUUGGAUUUUAUGUGAAACAGAAAAUAAAGUUUUGGAUGUUAUGAAGUUUGGUCUGGGCCACGGUCGUCACGGCAACGUAAACCUGGACUGUGUGUGUGUGUGUGAUGCAGAAGUUCAUCACACACACUUCAAAUCCAGUUGGUUAAUCUGGAUUUGAAGGAUAUUUCCACCUUAAACUGGAUUAAACCUGAUCAGGUUUCACGACAGCAUCCGUUUAUUUCCUCAAACGUGACUUUAAGAGUUUUCUUCCCUUCUUCUUCUUCUUCUUCUUCUUCUUCUUCUUCUUCUUCUUCUUCUUCUUCUUCUUUUCUUCCUUGCCUUUACCUUUCCUUCCUCUCUGCUCCCUGACACACCUGCUUCUGUGCUGCUGCCUGAGUUUAUUCAUCGAGAAGAAUCUGAAUUUCACGUCGUAAAAUAGUCAGAGUUCAUGGUUAAAUAGGGAUUAAAAAACAAACAAACAAGGAAUGAGAAAUUAUAAUGUCUCUCUGGAAUAAAGCAAAAAAAAAAAAACCCUGAAAUUAAAGUCAGGAUUUUCAGAAUAAAGUGAACGUGAGUUUCAGUGUUAAAGUGUCGAGCCGUUGGUGAUGGAGAACAUUUUUAAUUUCUUCUCAAAACUCUGACUUUAGUUUAAACUUUGUUCUGAAAAGACAUUGUAAAGACAUGGACUCCAUGAGUGUGUGUGUGUCAUGGUGUUUUAAUGUUCCUCCUGUUAUUCUGUUAUCUGUCCCGACCGAGCUGGACGAUCCCUCUGAGAUCAAAUCAACAACUUUGUGGUUUUUUUUGUUUUGUUUUGUUUUGUUUUUGUUUUGGGUGGAAUGUCCCUUUAAGCCUGUGUACAGUACCUGCUGUUCUUUAGUCCGGCCUGAGCGGACGUGAAUGUUUGAAAAGUUUAAAUUACAGUAAAUAACAGACAGUGA